AUGUUAUUCUCCAAAUUUGUAUUUUUCUUUUUGCUUGGCUUGAAUCUCGCCAAUGUUGAUAAUGGUGCAGAAGCAGAAGCUCGUGUUGUUUCAGAGGCCUACCAACCAGAUUUGAAAAUCCCAGAAGUGGAUAUCAAAGUAGAAAGCGGCGCGAUAGUUGAGGAGGCUCCUGUUGUUGAGGAAAUUGUUGUUGAGGGAAUUGAGCUUGUUGAUGCUGAACCUGCUCAGGAUGAUUCUGAAUCUGACGACGAAAGUCGUCAAGAGGAGGCUGAGACUUCUGAAGUUGCGGUCGAGGAGCCCGAAAUUGUCGAGAAGACAGGUGACAGCCCUGCGGAAGAGGAACCUGUCGUCGAAAACCCCAUCGUUGAAGAGUUGGUUGCUGAAGAGCAUGACGCUAAAGAUCCUGAGCCAGUUUCUGAGCCCGAGCCAAUCGUGGAAGAAGUUGUUGAAGCUCCAGUUGUUGGCGAUCCUGAACCAGUUUCGGAGCCUGAACCAAUUGUUGAAGAAAGAACUGAGGAGCCUGUUGUUGAAGAUUCCGAGCUGGCAGAGUCAGUUGGAGAGCAAUCCAGCACUGCUUCUUUCAUCGACUACGUGAACUAUGUCAAGCCGGCAAAUUUGGAAGAUAUCAGGGCUUACUUCUACCGUGUCUUGGAGACUGUCAAGCAGAGAGUCACUGACCUCAAAAAUUAA